AUGGUCAUCCUGGGAAGAUCUAGCUUUGAGUCUGCUCAAACCCACCCCCAUUCCCCCCCUUCCCAACACGCCUGCUUCACCGCUGCCUGCCUUCGCUUGACCGUGUUUGUGAUCCCAUUCUCGCACACCCCUUGCCCCGUCGGUCCCCAUGCAGCCAUAUGGGUGGAGGCAAUGGGGAGUGCACUCGUGGUCUCACUCUGCUCGCUCAUCUGCCUAACCCUGCUGCCGCUCGUCUGCUACAAGGGCAAACUGCCCCGGGCGCUGGUGGAUGGGCUCGCAGCAUUCGGGGCGGGAGCGAUGCUAGGAGAUGCCUUCCUGCACCAGUUACCGCAUGCAUUUGGCAGUGGAGCCCACUCCCACAACCAUGACAGCCACGCAAAUGACCAUGACCACGCACAUGGGCAUGCAUCCCAUUCACACGACCACGGGCAUGGGCAUGGGCAUGGUCAUGGCCAUGAACAUGCAGUGGAGGGUGGAGGGCAUGCGCAUUCUCUCGAGGACCUAUCUGUUGGCAUUGCCGUGCUGGUGGGCAUCGUGCUCUUCUUCCUGGUGGAGAAAAUCGUGAGGCGUGUUGAAGAGCUCACUUCUACAGGCGCUGCUGUGCCGUUUGCUGGGCACGGUCAUAGCCACAGCCACCACCACCAUGACAAGCAUGAGCAUAGCGAGCAGGAAGGGGGAAAAGAGGCGAAUUUAGGUGAGGAUGAGUGUGAGAAAGUGAGUGAGGAGGAGAAGGGUGGAGGAGGGAGGAGGGACGGGAAAGAGGAGGGCGGAGGAGAAAGUGGUUUGGACGAUGGGAGCUCUUGUGAGAAUGGGAAGAGUGGGGAUGAGGGAGAAGUAAGUUCCAAAGAUGGUUGGGAGAAUGUGGAUGAGGGAGAGGAGGAGAGUGAGGGAGGAGAGGAGGGUAAGAGAGGGGGAGAGAAGGAGAGUGAGAUGAAGGCAGAAACGAAGCCAGAGAAAGGGAAGACUGGGAAGGAGGCGAAGAAGGAGGAGGAGAAGGAGGAGAAGGAGGGAAACACGGAAGAGGGAGAAUCCAAGGAGGAGGAAGGGGAGGGAGAAGGGGAGAAGAGGAAAGGAAGCACAGGUGGUGGAAGUGAGGGGCUGAGGAGGCGGAGGGCCACUGCUGAUUCACAGACAGUAACAGCAGACAGGAGCGGAGAGGAGGAGAAGGAAGGGAAGGAGGGGAAGGAGGGGAAGGAGGGGAAGGCGAAGGAGGGUGAUGAGGCAUCGGUACCUGACAAUGACGAUAAGAAGGCCCGGGCAGUGGCUAAAGCUGUGCCAGUGGCUGCACCACCAGCAGUGGUGGCCCCGCCGGCAGCGAACAAGCACCUGGUGUUGGGAUACCUCAACCUCUUCUCUGAUGGCGUGCACAACUUCACGGACGGCAUGUCGCUGGGCUCGGCGUUCCUCCAUCGGGGAGGAUUGGGGGGCUACUCGCGCAUGCUCUUCAUGCUCGCACACGAGAUCCCUCAAGAGAUUGGUGAUUUUGGCAUUUUGGUGCGGUCGGGCAUGGGGGUGACACAGGCCUUGGCUCUCAACUUCCUCUCCGCACUUACAGCUUUGCUCGGCACUGCUGCUGCGCUCAUAUUCGGAGGGGAAGAAGCCCACUCAGGUCUCAUAGAGGGAUUCACAGCAGGGGGGUUUAUCUACAUUGCAGUGGCGGGAGUUAUGCCUGACAUGCACUCACAGGGGGUUGACAUCCUCUCUACAGUCAUUCAGCUCGCCUCUCUUACAGCAGGAAUUGCUGUAGCUGUUGUGAUAUCUCUUCUUGAGUAA